AUGGUCCUCACGCUGGAGCCAUUCUCUUCCGCGACCUCUGUGCGGGCUGGCAACCGAUCUGGGUUCAACAUCAGCUCCCUGCAGGCCCCACGCCGGCGCGCGCAGCAGCUGCAUAGGGUCGUCCAAAAGUGCAAAGCGGCGGCCGAGGCCUCCGUGCAGGCGGGGCAGGCGGCUGCCAAACCUACCGCCGCCGCCGCCGCCGCCGCCGCCACCGUGCCAGCACCUGCAGCCCCCGCGCCCAGCAGCAGCGCUGCUGCUCUCACCUACACAUCGUACGAGGGAAAUAGCUUCUACGUCCAGUUCAAGUCGGGCAUCAACGUGCUGGUGGACCCCUGGCUGGUGGGCAAGCUGACCUUUGGCGGCCUGGAGUUUGUGUAUGCGGGCAGCAAGCGGGUGGCGCGCCCCGAGGCGGUGGAUCUGGAGGCGCUGGCCGCCGCCACAGACGUGCUGGUGCUGACGCAGGGCAUCGACGACCACGCGCACAGGCCCACGCUGCAGCGCCUGCCCAAGACGGUGCCGGUGGUGGCGUCGGCGUCGGGCGCCGCCGUGGCUCGCUCCCUGGGCUUCCGCACCGUGUACACGCUGGGCACUGACCAGUCGCUGACGCUGGGCGGGCUGACGCUCCAGGGCACCGCGGGCGCGCUUGUGGGCCCUCCCUGGAGUCAGCGCGAGCUGGGCGUGGUGCUGCGGGACGACGCAGAGGGCGGCGCCAGCCUGUACUAUGAGCCCCACGCCGACUACCUGCCGGAGUCGGUGCGGCGCGCGGUGGCCAAGGGCGGCCCCGUGGAUGUGGUGGUGUCGCCGCCCUGCUCCCAGAGCCUGCUGGGCUACCCGCUGGUCAAGGGCGCCACCGACAGCCUGGACCUGCUGCGCCUGCUGCGCCCCAAGGUCUUUGUGCCGCUCAUGAACGCCGAGAUCGACCAGGCGGGGCCGCUGGCGGAGCUGCUGGUGGAGGAGGGCAGCGUGGAGGAGCUGCAGCGGCAGCUGGCGGCGCAGCCCGACCUGGCAGCAGUCAGGGUGGCCCUGCCCACGCCCGCGCAGCCCAUGGCGGUGGUCCUCUGA